GGCAACAUUACAGUUCAGUAUAGUUACGAAUCGAUUCAGCGACGUCUCACUAACGAGAAAAUCUCGAAAUUGUGGAUAUGGGUUUUGAUGGCAAUCUGCUAAAAACGGUGCUGGAAAGCUUUGUGGAUGAAAUGGCAGAGGAAUCGGCUGAGUUGAUACUGGAACGGCCACGAUACGCCUACGCAGUUGUGCUGAUAGCUGAUGAUCAAGAAUUGUGCGAGGCCAGCUGUGUCAGACAACUAGACGUAGAAGUCUCGCAACCUAACCACAACUCCUCUAGCUAUCAAGAAGAUUACGAUUCGGACAUACAGCGUGCACUUAGGGAGCUGAAAGAAUCAAGAGAUCUUCUGGCAACUCCAAGAGGAAGUGUAGCCGUUGAUAGCACCUCUGUAGAUCUCAGUAACUACAAUGACGCUUCGUUAUAUGAUAUCAGCACACCACAACCAUUUACGACGCGCCCUAGAGAAACGUCAAAUUUCUUUAGAAGAUUAGAGUUUCCAUCCACAGCACGAUUUAAGCAUUAGCUUGAGAUAUGCAGCCAUGCCGUAUAUGCUUGUAAAAAAUCCACAAUUUCACCUCAUGCUUACAUAUCUGUAUGUUACUGUCUAGGUUAACUAGAUCUCAUGAAACCUUUGG